AUGCUUUAUUUGCGCAGUGCUCGAGCGUUCAAGCCUGGACGCGUGGCGACGGAGGCGAGGAGAGCGAUCUCGGUGCAGUCAAUAUUGCACGGCUCUCCGCAGGCGAAGGAGGAGGGCGAUGUGCAGAUUCAGCAGCACUCUGGUGUGGUUGGUCGGGGGAAGUAUGUGCAUGGAUUUGAAGUCCACCGAGUGAAGCCGGACGCCGUUGAGGAUUACAAGAAGGCUGCCGAAAAGUACUAUGCGGCCAUCAAAGACGACCCCGAGCUACACGUCAAGUUGACAGGGUCAUGGGAAACUAUCAUCGGCGAGCAGGAUACAUUCUUCCAUAUCCUGGAGUAUGAGAAUUAUGGCGGCUUUGACAAGACAACCAAGAAAAUCCGAGAGUCCGACCAUAUUAAAGCAUUCCGAAAGAUGCUGCCGCACGUCAAAAGCCGCUCUUCUCAGCUGUGCCAAGAAUUUGCCGUCCUACCCACCGCGCCGCCCCAUUCUGAGGGUGGCAUCUUCGAGCUUCGGACAUAUCAGCUUAGCCCAGGCACCUUGCUACAAUGGGAGCAAAACUGGAGGAGGGGAUUGGAGGCUCGUCGAAAGUUUGUGGAGCCGGUCGGGGCGUGGUUCUCACAGGUUGGGCGAUUGCAUCAGGUCCACCACAUGUGGCAGUAUCGUGACCUCCAAGCCCGAAAGGAGACGCGCGAGAAGGCAUGGAAGCUGGAUGGAUGGGCGGAGACGGUGUCAAAGACGGCAGAAUAUUCGAGGUUGAUGGACGCCAUAAUUCUUGAACCGCUGCCGUACAGUCCCCUGAAGUGA